AGGAAAUUGAACAGACUCCACAAUGCUUUGGAUGAUAUGGCGUUUAGUCUGACGAAAGAAGCAUGCUGGAUGUUGCGCUUGAAAGUGCAGCUGGUACAGUGAAAAGCACGGCAAAGUCUUUGCGCUUCGAAAGAAAAAGAGAUGAUCAUGAUGAAACGAGUUGCUUGCUGCAUGAGGCUCUGAAGGAAGUCCAAUUGGCCAAGGCCCGUGCUCAUCACGCAGAGGAAGAGAUGUCAAGAUGCCAGGAGGCAGCAAGUAAGGUGAAAGGCAAUCUUUGCCGAAUGGCUAUUGUCAGACCGUUUAGCGAGCCAGAAAAGGAGAACUGCAACUGGAUGCAAGUUCUCGGACCACAUGAGCUGCAGGUGGCUGCCGACUCACUCUGUGUCACGAAGGUAGCCCCUACCAGCCGCAGACGAAUGAGCACAGGCUGCAUGCCUGAUUCUGUCCAGCAAAGGUGCAACUUAUCGUCUCCUCGUGUUAUGGAUUUCGAGCAUAUUCUCGGUCACGAGGACAAUCGAAUAUUUCAAGCUUUAAAACCAGAUAUUGAUGCGUCCGUGAUGGGAGAGGCUUUUUGCAUCUUCGUUUGCGGGGCUCCUUCAAGCGACAAAGCAUCUCUUGCUGAUCGGCUAGCAGCCAAGGUCUGCACCCAGCUGGAAACUGACGCCGCGGCAACUGAAGCCAAGGUUUACAUCGAGAUGUUUGAGGUUUAUGCGGAUCAACAUAGAGACUUGCUCGCCGUGAACUCACAUUCAAGAGGGAGGCGCCACUCUGGGUUGGAACACUCAGUGCUUCGUGUUCAGCUCUUUCCCAACAACGAGGCACCUAUGACUACUUCCUUGAGGGAGCUGAUUCGUGAGUCACGCUCACUGCAAUUGCAGAGGCUCUUCCCUGUGUCACAUGUGGUAAUGUCCUUCCACAUCCUCAGGUCUUCGAAGAAUGUCGGGCAUGUGGUGAUUCUUGACGUUGAUUCUUUUGAUAAGAGCUGGACCUGUCGCAGCUCUCAAACAAAUCUUUGGCAAUUGCUUGGAGGCUUCCAGGAUUGUAAAACUACAAUGCUUCUGAUGCUCGACCCUGCACAAUGUGCCCAAGCUGACACUCUGAAGACAUUGCAGUUUGGCAGGCGGCUUCAAUCCUCCCUGCUCCGUUUUGGGCCCCGCCAUAUUGAUGCAGAGGAUUUGCGUGAUGAUCCAUGUCAGGGAGCAAGAGAAACCAACAAUCGGUUGCGAGAAGAAUUGGGUCGCUUGCAGAAAGAAACAUCAGAGGUUCUGAAGGAUGUGCGCAAAAUGAAGCUUGAGAUUGAGAAGAAGGACUCCGAAAUUCAUGAGUUGCGAAGACGUUCUGCACGCCUCAAGAUGCUUCGGCAAUCGCCGAAGCUGCUUCCAGCUUGCAGUGCUGUACGUCCGGUGCGAGAGGCUUCUUCCCCCCAGCGAGAUGGACCUCGCCAAACUGCAGGAAGCAUUCAAGCCAAUCAGAGAAACCUGCGUGCUCCAGGUCGCACCCUGACCGAUCGCCCUUGCGGAGCUUUGCUGAGGCGCCCUUCACAGCAAACUGAAAAGUCUUCUCGUCCAGCUCUGGCCGCACAGCGCCUCUUAUCUCCAAGUCCAAAAGUCGCCGUGUCAAAACCGAAGGCAAGGCCUGAAAGGCCCGACGGAUCUCCAAGGGGGUCGCCCUUACAUUGCAGCGCCGAAACUUCGAUAUUCGACGGGGAGAACUGGAUCUUGCGAUGGCUGAAUAUUCUCUUGAACUCGACCUUACACAGGAUGGAUGCCAGGAUGCAGGCACCAUCAAUGGAAAGAGUGCGACCACCGUCUUCAAAGAAGGAGCAAUGUGCUGUCAGAAUUUUGCCAAGAAGAUUUGUCAUGAACUCCAAACGGCCUGUACUGGCGCAAACAUUACAAACUCGAGCAAGAGAGCCGACUGUGAUAGCCAGAGCUUUGAUGGGCGCUCGGCAAUGUGCCUCACAUGGAGGACACCGAAGCAACCUUCCCGGUGCACAGUGCAAGCUUGUGAAGGACAAGUGCCAUGCAUUGCCCAGAUCAUUUGAAGGGCAAUUAAGAGAGGUAGUUGCUGGUGGUUCGCGAGACACCAGUCUCUCAAGCAGCUCCAGCAGCAUAUGCCAGAAUUGGAACCAUGCCACCAGGCAAAACCGCAUGGACUUGCCACUGCUUGACCUGACACACCUUUCUCAAAAUCUAUGUUUACGUGAAGGGGUAACCACUCCUCAUACGCCCAGAGGAAGGCCACCGGUUGCUUGGUGGAAUUCGGCAGAGGUGACUGCUCCGGCUUCCGCCCGUGGACGAGCCCCUUCCGGUUUUGAGGACCGACGAGCACGAAGCUUGUACAUCGUUGAAGUGGCCACCCCGCGAACUGCUCUGUCCUACGCACACACGGAUGAGGAAGGCGAUGCCCCAAGUCCAAUGACAAUCCUACGUCCAGUGUGCCCGAUCCCUUGUCCUCGCCCCGAAGAAGGCACUGGCCGACACAGUCUGAGCACGAUUUCAGUAUCCAGUGAUGAAGAGGAAAUCAGGGGUCGGCUCAGUCAGGAGCUUUGUCAACAAAAUAUUGGCAAAGAGAAUGAUCAGGCUCUUUCCAAUAGAGAUGCUCAGGAGACGAUCCCAUUCAGUGAAGGCCAGGACCAUCCAUCGCACUGUGACCCUGAGCUUCAGGUUUUUCAAGAUUUGAGUGGCUAGCGGCUAGUUACUAGUUCCUUACUUGUUUGCAAGUCUCCGAGCUCUUUUGCGCAUGGUAUCUCCUCACAUUCCGACUCCCUGGUGAGAGUGGAGCCGAAAAUUAGAUGCUGCACAUCACUGCAUAUUGUUUUUUUAAAUAUCGACUGGAGCACUAGAAUCUUCAACUG